AUGCACUGCUGCAGCCCCUGUGACUGCCCACCACCCCUGGAGAUGCCAGUGUCGCUUGCUGCACUCCAGCCCCUGGACGCCACCACUGUCCACUGCCCCCAGCGGUGCCAGUGCCUCACUGGAGGGCACCACUGCCUAGUGCCCCUGGUGGUGCCAGUGCUGCCCUCCGCCCCUCUGGACGCCGUCACUGCCCCCGGCGGUGCCAGUACCUCCUGCCGUCCUCCUGGACGCCACCACGGCUCGCCGCCCCUGAUGAUGGUAGUGCAGCCUUCCGCCUGCCACCCUAAUGCCACCACUGGCCACUGCCCCCGGUGGUGCCAGUGCCACCUGCCACCCGCAUGGACGCCACCACUGCCCCCAGCGGUGCCAGUGCCUCCGCCGUCCUCCCGGACGCCACCACUGCCCGCCGCCCCUGGUGAUGGUAGUGCCGCCUGCCACCCGCCGCCCCCCUAA